CUGGUCAGGUGAUAUUUUCCGCUUCGCCAUUUUGUGCCUCUGCGCCGGGUAUUUAUCUCAAGAGUCGUGACUGAGUUGCUUACACCGCUGACUGCGAGUUUAGGUAGACACAUCUUCCCCCUUCGUCAUCCGCCUCCUCCAACCCAAGCUUGUGGGCCUUCACCUGGGUUUCCCUUUUCGCAGUCGACGUCGUCGCCUCCUCAUUUUUUAGUAGCUUUUUGUUUAUAUAUCGCGUGGAACGAUGUCGGCCGAAGCUCCAGAAUACUCCCCGUUCUUCGCUGUGAUGGGAGCCUCUGCAGCAAUGGUUUUUAGCGCUUUGGGGGCGGCCUACGGCACGGCCAAGAGUGGCACGGGCAUCGCCGCCAUGUCUGUGAUGAGGCCAGAGCUCAUCAUGAAGUCCAUCAUCCCCGUGGUCAUGGCGGGUAUCAUCGCUAUCUAUGGCCUCGUUGUAGCAGUGCUGAUUGCCAACAAUAUUACAGAGAGGGUCAGCCUCUACAAGAGCUUCCUCCACCUGGGAGCCGGUCUGAGCGUGGGCCUGAGCGGGCUGGCAGCCGGCUUCGCCAUCGGCAUAGUGGGCGACGCGGGCGUGAGGGGUACGGCUCAGCAGCCACGGCUUUUCGUGGGAAUGAUCCUCAUCUUGAUUUUCGCUGAGGUCCUGGGUCUCUACGGGCUCAUCGUCGCCCUCAUUCUGUCCACGAAAUAAACCAAGCGCCGCAGCACAUCGCCACUACAAGAUCAGUCCUCCGUGUCGCUGCUGAAGGAGUGUAAAUUGUGUGAGUGUGUGCGUGCGCCUACCCGUGUGCACUUGAGGGGGUAUUUGUAAAAUUUUCUGAAACACAAAGUGGAAAAAGAUAUCUAAAAAAACAAAGGAUGAAAAUGGCUCCGUGAUAGGAUCCCGUCUUAAAAAUGUGUACAAAUCUGAUAGUCUACUUGUAAAUGCGCAAUGUAGUGAUUCGUCCGUCGUGUGUGUGUGUGUGUGUGCACGCGCGCGUGUGCGUGCGUGUGUUUCAAAGCAAUUGUAUGAUAAAGAUUCUUCCCCCCUCACUUAUUUGGGGACUGGAGCCAUGGUCUUUGAAGAGUUGACCAAAGGGCAGCACAUCUUUUUUUCUGUUGUGGGAUUGCAUUAAUCUUGAGGAUCUAUUUGUAAAAUGGACUUUUUUUUUUUCCCCUCCUCUCCGCUGAUUUUAUUUAUAAGAAAAUUGUCCAUUAAAUUCUUGAAAUGUAUCAAGUCUUUAAACUUCCCAGGAUAUACAAUAUAUAUUUACACAUAUACAGACAUAGAUAUCUCUAGAUAGGGUUAAUUGUGCUAAGUGGUUGGAAUUCUUCUGGAUGUAAUUGUUGGUUUCAUCAUUGACUCUCUGUCGGGCCGAGAGUUGUCAUGUGUAGCUGUAUACGAAUCAUGACAGCAAACAUUCUCAGUGUUUUCCUGUAGUACUGCUGUUUGCAUUAAAGGUGUGCGUUUAUGCCCAGUGUCGGGUCUACAAAACGCUCCUAUCUGCUCUUCGUCGCCCCAUCAUCUGUGGCUGUACCUUAUUUCCUCACAUUCCAUCUGUUAAAAUCCUGCAUGUGUUGUGUUUUGUUACGGUUGGAUUAUGAAACUGAAGGGUUUCAAAAGACGUAUUCCAGCUCAAACCUGUACUGCCCUGUUUAUCAUAAAAAAACAAACAAAAAAAAACCGGGUUAUCUCCUUUUGUGUCUAUCUUUGGAUAUUCUAGCAUUACAGAAAUGGUUUUACUUAGAUUUUUUUGUAUUUUGGUUUAAGGAUUUUUGUAUAUUUUAUCACUAGUGUCUGACAGAGCCUUUUAAACAAAAUUGGAAAGGAGCCUUGAUUUUGACCCUUUAUUUCCCUUGUAACCUAAAAAAAAAUGUCCACUAUGGUUCUGAGUGGUACAUUUGCUAUAGGUAGACUGAAAUGAAUCAUUUAUAUGAGGAAAAAGUGCAAUUCAUUUUACAUCUAGUUCUUCAAAUGUUUGGCCUGGAGUACGUUUCCUGAAUCUCUUUUCAAUGCGAUUACUGACACGUCAAUCUCACAACUCUGUACGUAUUACCACUGCUAUUAUCCUAAUGUGUCGACGUGAAUGUUUCCGCAAGCAAAUUAAAGAUUCCAACUUAGAUUUGGGUGGCUUUCCAAAAA